AUGCGAUACUGCAUCGAUGAUUGUGCUGCGUGGCAGAUCUCUCAGAAGCGCAGCUGCAAAGUCAAAAACCAUAUCAAGAGGGCUCAGGAGCUUAGCCAGUCCACAUCAUCGAAGUCUCGUGCUGGUUCCACACCGCUCCAUGUCGCAGACACUGGAAUUGAUCAGACUGGGCGAGUGGCAGAUCGAGAUGCUUGGUACGAUGGCUCCAAGCCACUUGCUCCAGAGCAUUACGAUGCCCAGAAACGUGCUGAGGACGCCUACGUCACUCGAUCUACACGGGUAGCUGAGCAGAAAGCUGCGGAAGAAUCAGCAAAGAAGAACCUAUCCCUUGUUGUGUGGGCAGAGGAGGGCCGGCUGGCAAAGCGUCUGAGCCUGAGAUGUUCGAACUGGCCUUUCUUUGUUCUUGGAGACUGCCCUUUGUCUGUUCGACAGACCCUUGGACUCCCUGCUGAUAUCGACGUCGUGGAAACCUACGUUGUGGGCUCUCAUCAGUGGGAGGCUCAGACCAUGGACUUCUCUCGUGAUGUCUCGGACUCCGAUAUUCUACUCUACCGUAUUUGCGGUGUCGGGGAUGGGAUCAGUAUGUCCCAGGAGAUUCUUUCAAUCAGCUAUCAAGGAAAACCGAAAAAGCGGCCAGCCAAUUUUGGUGAUUUGACAUUGUCGCCUGCCCGGUCUAUCCGUCCUCGAAUUACUCCCCUAACUUACGGCAUCCUACCCAAGACACCCCAUCAACCCCCGUGCUUGACGGACCACUCUUCCACCGUCACGCCUGCUCUGUCAACAGGCUCAGACUCGCCUGCAGCAUCCCCACUGUUGAUUUCCUCAAGUGACCUUGAUAGCGUGUCAGAUCCGUUCACUAUGGCGGCGUGCGCUGAAGUUGGAGGUGUGUCUAGACGGUUGUCUCCUGCGUCUGGGCCACCACUCCCUUCUGCUGUUCCCUGUCAGUCAAAGCCUGAGAUCAUAGAUCUCACUGAGGACUCUCUUGAGCCGACAUCCAAGCGGAGUCUCUGGCCACUUCGAUCGCUGAAAGCCAUGGAGAAAGGGUUUCAGAAGCUCGAUGGCCUAGGUGGUACACUCCAGCAGAGGUUCCGUGUUGCGUUUCCCAACUGCGGUGAGCACGUCAAAGAAGACAUCGAGAAGGCUAAUGGCCUGUGGAAGAACCUUGUACAGGUUGUUGAAAGGCGCCUUAGCUUGGAGAAGACAUCGAUCAAGGCUUGCGAGAUUACUAGCCAACAAGAUUCAACAGCACUCACUAUUCACACCUGCUCGUAUUGCUCUGGUCAAUUUCCCGCACGUCCAUCAACCCCACUUCUCUAUCUUCAGCGAUCUCUACUGUCUGGAAGCACUCAGAGCUCAUCGGCCACCCUCACCUUCUGCAUCCGUCAUGCGCUGGAGGCUAGAUAUGAACGACAGACUCCGCCUUGGCCAAUGGAAAUCAACUGGGCUGAUUUAGGCCCUCGAGUUGAGGCACUCCGUUCGAAGCUAGAGGUGAUCUGGAGCAAUCCUAUGAACUCGGAGUUCUACGACUCAGCACUCUCCAUACACCGGCGUGGAGCCAGGGAAGUCAUAGGCUCAGGCAGCAGUGGAUACUUCGGCGAGAAAGGAGCAGCCAUUAUGGGGACAGUUAUCCGAUUUCUGUUCGACCAUGGUCCGGCAGGCAUGAUUUCGAGUGGCUUGUCCAUUCCUGACCUUGUUCUGCAUAUCAUGAUCCCGGAAACAGCUCUUCUCCUUGCUCAACAAGACCUCGGCCUUAAUCGAGAAGCCGCAGCUCGGAUCUUGAAGAUGAGCAAGCAGUACGGUGAUAUAUUUCAUCAAGACGAUGAUGCCGACGAGGAUCUACCAUACUCGCUGGCCCUUGUCCAGCGAGCUAGCAUUGCACGGGCCGACGAGACACCUUCGUCUACACAAUCAUCCUGUAUAACAUCACAGCCAUCCUCUCCUGCUUAG